CAUGAAUAUUGAUUUGCUAAUUUUGUCUUAUAACAGAAGACUACACUUCUUACAUAAAAGAACCAACGGAAACGAGACCUUCACAAUAUGGGAUUUAUUAAGCUGUCCGCUGCACUCUGUGCAUGCCUAAUUGCACUAAUCGCUGUUGAGAACAAAGCAUGCAAAAAGUCAAUCGAUUUUCAUCGACAUCCGGGCAUCAAGCUUCAGGGUCACGUGAUUAAAAAGAUGACAGCAUCAGACUUGGUGAAUUGUGUGACUGAAUGCGGUAAAACAAAGGGAUGCCUAUCGAUUAAUUCUCACAACGCUGGCAACGUCAUACACUGUGAGCUUAACAAGUCCAACCGGUAUGGCAGGCAAGCAAACCUGGUUAAAACCAGUUUUGGUCAUGAGUAUUUGGAAAUGAUAUUCAACCCUGAUUGGUCCGAUGCUUGCUUUCAGAAAGAUGGUUGGUAUCGAAGCCAGUCUGCCGCGUAUAAGUUUGUUAACGAGAUUGUGGACGCUCUAGAAGCUCGGCAGCGCUGUCAAAAAAUGUCGGCAGACGCAGAUCUGGUGUCUUUUAUCGACAAAGAGGAGGAGCACAUUUUUGAUCAAUAUCUUAAAGGCGUCCGUCAGGGAUAUUAUUUUUGGAUUGGAUUCAACGACCGUGCAAAAGAAGGAACCUUUGUUUGGUUUGAUGGAACGAAAUCUAAUUACACAAACUGGAAAAAGGGAGAGCCAAACAAUAACAACGGGAGCGAGCAUUGCACAAUGAAAAGUCAAGGAAGCAAGAAAUGGAUUGACCAAAAAUGUUAUAUGCGAUAUCCAUUUGCAUGCAAAGUGUUAUGCUCUUAAAUGAUAUACUUAUUGACGACUUUCAAAAAUGGCGCGAUAUAUGUUACGGCCGCCGACCAGGGACUAAAACGAGGUCUCAAAGGACAGUCUUCGUAUAGUAAACGUCGAUGGUGUCUUGCAAGAGUGUUUUGUUAUAAAUAACAUACCAACACAUCUUUCAAGCUUUUGGACACUGCCUACAUACGAUCUUCGUUGACUUUUAGAAGGCCUUUCGGGUCUCGUGUUUCCAUGAUUCGUCACUAGUCCCCCGAUUUUGUUGGUCGUGAACUGCAGGUAUUUUUGAAAGUCGUGUAUGUCAUUGCGUUCAGUCAAAAAGAUUGCUAAAAACCACCAGACUACAAUAUCAACAUUCACUUGAUAUUUAAAUACUGUUAUUUCAGAAAACGUUCAAUACUGAAAACAGAAUUCAGAAACACACUAUGCAUGGGGAGUGCUAAAACUGCUAAAAAUUGAAUAAAAG